CCGCGAUGUCCAGUGCGGGGCAGAGCCCCUCCGGCUCUUCCAUAAAGCUCAAGAAGGAGCUCGGUUUGGUGGAUGGGGUCGGCAUCAUCGUCGGUGUCAUCAUCGGCAGCGGCAUCUUCGUGUCCCCGAAGGGCGUCCUCGAGAACGCAGGCAGCGUCGGCUUCGGCCUCAUCAUCUGGGUCUCCUCGGGCAUCCUCUCCCUCAUCGGCGCGCUGUGCUACGCCGAACUCGGUACCUUGAUCCCGAAGAGUGGCGGGGACUACGCCUACAUCAGCGAGGCCUUCGGAGCGCUACCGGCCUUCCUCUACCUCUGGGUCGGCCUCCUGGUACUGGUGCCCACCGGCAACGCGAUAACCGCCCUCACCUUCGCCCAGUACAUCCUCCAGCAGCUCUGGCCCGUCUGCCAGCCGCCUUAUGAGGCUGUACGGCUUCUAGCGGCACUAGUCACAUGUUUUUUAACUUUUAUAAACUGCUAUAAUGUGAAGUGGGCUACAAGGCUCCAAGAUGUCUUCACUGGUACUAAAGUUUUAGCAUUAGUUAUGAUCAUUAUUUCUGGAUUGUAUGUCAUGGUCCUGGGUGACGAUGACCUCUUCAGUAAAGAGCCUUUCAAAGGAACCAACACUGAACCUGGCUAUGUAGCUCUUGCCUUCUAUUCUGGUCUUUUUUCCUAUUCAGGAUGGAACUACCUCAACUAUGUAACUGAAGAACUUAAGGAUCCUUAUAAAAACCUACCUUUGGCGAUUUGUAUAUCUCUGCCAAUGGUGACCAUUAUUUAUGUCAUGACAAAUCUUGCUUAUUAUGUUGUACUGUCGCCUAAAGAACUUCUCUUAUCAAGUGCAGUUGCAGUGACAUUCGGGGACAAGUUGUUUGGAUCAUUUUCAUGGACAAUGCCAUUCUUUGUGGCAUGCUCAACAUUUGGAGCAUUGAAUGGUGCAAUAUUUGCUUCUGCAAGGCUCUUUUUUGUUGGUGCAAGACAAGGACACCUACCACAAGCGAUAGCAUUAAUAAAUGUUCGCCGGUUUACACCAGUGCCAUCUUUGGUUUUCUUGUGUAUUGUCACAGUGGCUCUUCUGUUUAUUGAAGAUGUCUUCAUCCUAAUAAAUUACGUUAGUUUUGUGGAAGCAGUUUUUACGUUGAUGUCCAUUUGUGGUCUUCUCUGGCUAAGGUACAAAAAACCAGAUGCUAAAAGGCCAAUCAAGGUCAACAUACUGCUGCCUAUCAUAUUUUUCAUAAUCUGUGCGUUCUUAGUGAUACUGCCGUGCUACGUGAAACCUUGGGAAGUAGGUGUUGGACUUGUGAUUAUUGUCUCAGGCAUUCCUGUAUAUUAUUUGUUUAUCUAUUGGAAGAACAAGCCACCUUGGCUUCGAAGAAUAGGAGAUAAGUUAACAAUAUUGUGUGCGAAAUUGUUCAUGUGUGUUUUGCAAGAAGACAAAAGUUCUUAAAUGAAUGGAAUUCAUUUAUUGGAUGGAAUUCACUCUUAAAUUUUAACAUUAAAGUGAAAAAAGAUUUGUAACUAAAGGGAGAAAAAGUUGAAAAAAAAAAAGUGGUUUAUCAGAUUGUACAGGGUUUUGGGAUGAAUACCAAUGUAUUCCAACAUUGUAAAUAUUAUGUACUUUUAGAUUUUAUAAUGAAUUACAAUUAUAUUUGUAAGUAAUAUUUGUUCUUAAUCUUUGUAAUAAUAUCUUCAUUAAAUGAAGAAUUGUUUUUUAUGGUACUACAUACUAAGUAUGUAUUAUACAAGUAUAUAAAGUUAUUUAUUCAUAACUUAA